AUGAGCUACGUGGUAACGGCUAUAACACAUGCAUCAACAAUCGAGCCAGCAGCUUUUAUUGAGCUCAAGAACUUCAUUGAGUCAUUACCUCUAAAGAUUAACAAUAUUCAAAUCUUGAGUGAAGAACGUGUCUUCGACUUUCAUUGUUCCUUAGUUAAAAGUGAUGGUGGUACUCCAGAAGCUCAUGAAGCUGCAAUUUUUGAAAGAGUUAAACAAGAGAUUUUGGAUUGGGAAAAUGGUGAUGUUAUUGAUUUGAUUUUCCAAAAAGAUGAUGAAUUCCGUAAAGAGAAAAAAUUGUUUGUUUUUGAUAUGGAUUCUACAUUAAUUUACCAAGAGGUUAUUGAAUUGAUUGCUGCAUAUGCUGGUGUUGAAGAUGAAGUUGAAAAAAUCACUACUGCUGCUAUGAAUGGUGAAAUUGAUUUUAAAGAAUCAUUAGCUAGAAGAGUUAAAUUAUUAAAAGGUAUUGAUGCUACAAUUUGGGACGAUUUGAAGAAAAAAUUAGAGUUUACUAAAGGUGAUUUUGAAUUAACUAAAGCAUUAAAAAGAACAGGUUGUAAACUAGCUGUCUUGAGUGGUGGUUUCAUUGAACUUGCAACAUAUGUUAAAGAAACUUUAGGUUUAGAUUAUGCAUUUGCAAAUAAUUUGAAUACUGAGAUAAUAGAUGGAAAGAAAGUUUUCAAUGGUGAAACAAUAGGAGAGAUUGUUGAUGGUGACAAAAAGGCUGAAUUGUUGAAAUUCAUUGCAGAAAAAGAAUCAAUUGAUCUUAAAAGUGUUGUUGCAGUUGGUGAUGGUUCAAAUGAUUUACCAAUGAUGGGUGUAGCAGGUUUUGGUGUUGCAUGGAAUGCUAAACCAAGAGUUCAAAAAUUAGCACCAUCCAAAUUAAAUACUAAAUCCAUUGCUGAUAUACUCUACAUUUUAGGAUAUUCGGAUAAAGAAAUUAAAGAACUAGAGGAAUAA